AUGGAACAUGACCGCAUCUCGCGCCAGCAACGGCGCGCGAUCGGUUUUGGUCCCGCGCGGCUCGGGCCUCCACCUUCCUCCACUUUCGAAGUCCACUCAACCGCUCAUGUCGAAAACAUUGCCGCCGACAACAAUAUCAACGACGACUCUGGAACUGCGACGAAGCACGACUCGAAGAUGCACCCUCCCGACAAGGGGAAGGGGAAGAGAGUGGCUCCGAUCUCCUCCGGAGCGUUCUCCUUCUCGCUCGGUGCCGGUCCUUCCAAGAAGCCGAAAGGCGAUGAGGGCAACAACAACAAAGCCGCCGCUUCAGAACAUGUCGGGGCAUCGAAACCUCGAUCACCAGUUGUCUCCAAGACGCUUCGACAACCUUCGAAGACACAUGCGCAGACAGCAGUCACGACACCUCGCCGGCCGGAACGGCCCCUCGAUUCGAGCACAGCGAAGCCCUCCCCGCGGCUACAAGCUAUGCCUCCACCAAUGAGCCUGACGCUCACACCGAAGCUCCAGAAGACGGACGUUACGCAGACGACACCGACUUCAGCCAGGCGGGCUCCCCCGACCUUCUCUCUAGCGGAGGCGUCCCCGAAAGGCCUCGGCUCACCGCAAAUCGCCCGUACUCGCCCCCUGAACCCGGUCAGCGGGUCGCCGUUUCGACUCUCCGGCAUCACUGCGCAGAAGGCUCCCAAGCCUGACGUCACUGCCGCCUCCACAUCCGUCGCACACCGCCGAAACCGCUGGGGUGGUGUCUCCGCGAAAGCGGAAGAGCGCACGCAAGUCAGGAGGCGCAUGCAAGACGCGCCAGUGCUGCUGCAAGUCACCCGUACUAUGCGCGCUCCGUCGCCCUCGGCCGCACUUGCCCAUUGCAGGGUUCUGCGCUGGGCUGCGGGAACUGGCGCUCACGCUGCAGACGAAGACGUCAUGGUCGUCUUCAAAAGUCUGCCCCAGGAGUGCCCGCGCAUCGGACGCGCUCUCGAGAGGAUCGACGAGAACACCAGGGCAGCCGUGUGGUUUCCUACGUCAGAACUCGAGCUCCGAGCGCAGCGUGGGCCUGAUUCUGGGACAUCAGAUGGCCGGGAGCGAGAUGGCCAAGAACGCCAGGACGCGCCCGACGGGCAAGACGCGACGGUCUGCGUGGUGGCUCACGAGAGUUCGGAAUCCGACAAGCAUCCACAGGAACCCCAGGACGGCCAAGGGCACGCACCGGACAUUCGACGCGCUGAUCGCGCGGAUCGCGCAGAUCGCCCACUCCCAGUCCUGUUUGCGUCGCGGUACCUCCUGGCUGGCGCUUAA